CUCCUCCUCCUCCUCUCUCCUACCCUUUCCUGCCGUUUUGUUAGAUUUAAGGACAAACUUGACAAGGAUUGGAUAAAGAACUUAAUAGAAGAAAAGCAAUAUUUACCAAGAACUUCGUCACUUAUUUCACGAACUUAAAAAAAAAAAUGAUUGUAAUAACUUUGAAAAUCGCAGACACUUGAGGGAAAGAGAAUUUGGGUGAUUUUUUUCAUGUUUUUUGCUGAAGAUGUUAAUUUUUUUUCACAUUUUUUGACCCAAGAAAGAGAGAGAAGGAAGGAGAAAGAGAUAGAUAGAGAGAGAGAGGGAGAGAUAGAGAGAUCCGUGCCGGGGUUUAACUUACAAACAAACAAAAAACAAAGACAAUAAUAGUAAUAAUAAUAAAAACUGCAACACCUGUGAAACUUACCUGUCGUAAUUAACCAAAAAAAAAAUGAAGUAGGUGGAAAGAUCCUGACCACCACCACCACCACCACCACUACCACCACCACCACUUCUUCCUCCUCCACCACCACCACCGUUGCUGCCUCCACCACAACAGCCGCCGCCGUCUCCAUCACCACCAUCGCCACCACCACUGCCCCCGCCGCCGCCACCACCACCGCCGCCGCCGCCGCCCACACCAACAGCAUCCCUCCAUCUCACCCCCCGUCACCCUCCCUCUCAGGCGUCCAAGAGAGAGAGAAAAGCAAACAAAGAAAGAAAAGGGAAAAAACAAAGAUAAACAAGGAAACAAAAACCGACUGACACACCGACUCUUCCGCAAUCACACACACACGCUGGAAACAAAGGAAGAAGAACAACAAGAAGAAAGAAGGAGAAGAAGGAAUAAACAAGAAUAACACAUAGAAAAGCAAGAAUCAAUACCUGGAGAGAACAAAAACAAAAGUGACGAUGAUGAAAAGGAGAAAUCAAACUAAUUAAGCCUUACCUGUGAUCACAACUUACCUGCUUACCUCUGCUUACCUGCCCUUCUCCUACUUAUCCCCUCCUCCUCCUCCUCCUCCUCCUCCUCCCUACUCCUCCACAUCCUCCUCCUCCUCUCCUUCGUCAUCGUCAGAGGAGAGAUGGGAAAGUCGAUCCUCCUUGACAGCAUCACUCUCAUCUCCAGCACUUUCCCAAGACUCAGCAUCAGUCAUCUCCGGAGUCAGCAUCUUGGGGUGGGGAAGUGAGGCGAGCGUGGCAACAUGGCGGCCACACGGAUACACGGCACAGGAGGGAAGAGCAAGAUGGCGGUGCGGAGGUGAGGGCGAGACUCUAAAACCAUGAACCGCCCUUAGAAAUAACACAUAAAAACUAAAGAAAACAAAAGAAAACGAAGAGUGGAAGCAUAUAGCAAGCAAGGGCGUGUUACUGAGACCAUGCUGUGCCCUUAGGAUAUAAAAAGAAACCCAUAGAGAACAUUAUUGAAGAGAACAAAGAGAGAAACACUUCCUUUUAGUCCCCCCUUUACCCACCCCUGCUAUGGUUGAUCUAGAGACCCUUCAAAAAACAAAGAACACGGUCCGAAACCACACACGGACGAGACCUUGAGGAGACACACUGAUCCCUUAGAAAACAAAAUAAAAUCGCACUUGAAAUAGAAAACUCGAGGAAGAAAACGAAGAAGUACAGGAGGAGGAGAAACACACCUUAUAGAUCUAAGCUACCGUACUAUGCUUUGCCUCGACAUGAAGCUGAUAACGAGAUUCAGGUCCGAGAAACGGCAGUCCUCGACAUCAACCUCGUCCCCCCCUUCGUCCCUCGCCGCCCCCGACCCCUACGCGCCCCCGCACCGAAGAGACCGUAGCAAGAGUCUCAGCGUUGACAGAAUCACGCCGCUGCUGCACGUGGUAGAACCCAAAGUGCGGGACGACGCUCCGCUACACAAGGGAGCUAUCGCCGCCGCUGCCUUCGCCCGACGCCGGUCCACCACUACCGCCCUAUCAGCCUCCAGUGACCUCAUCUCCCGGCGAGGCGUGUUUAGCAGACGGCACUAUGGCUCCGUGGAAUUGCUACCGCAGGUGGAGGCAGAAGGGAGUGAGCUCAACGGCAGGAGAUUCAGGAUCGAGAGUGGAGAGGCGCUGGGAGACCGGGAGGAGCGAGUUCGGCAGCACCACUCACAGCAGCAGCAACAACAACAACAACAACAACAACAACAGCAACAGCAACAGUCAACUCAGCAACAACAACCAAGCCAACAACAACAACAACAACAACAGCCACCGCACCACCAGCAUCAUCAUCAUCAACAGCAGCAGCAAUCACAACAGCAGCAACAACAACAACAACAACAACAGCCAUCACAGGAGCCUCACCCACACCCUCAUCCGUCAGUUUUGGACUACCGACGGUCUUCAUCUCGACAGCAAAUGUACGGCUCGCCCAGUACGCCCAUCCUCGAGAACCCGGAGUACCAGACGAGGUGGUACUUCAAAUACUUCCUCGGCAAACUGCAUCAAAACUACGUGGGCUGUGACAGUGAGAAGACGCCAUUCUUCCUCUCCGUGGUGCUGACCGACGCCAACAACCAGUGUGUGCCGCAGUACCGGGCUAUUCUGUGGAGGAAGACGGGCGCGCAGAGAAUCAGUCUGAGUCACAUCCCGAACAAGCCCAUGACGGUGAAGCAAAUACUCAGCAACUUUCAAAACAUGGACAAACUAGAGAAGGGACCAAAGGAGAUUUUCACCCAGGAGAUACAGAAGGAUCUGUUGCUUCUGGAGGAACAAGAGGGUUCGGUUAACUUCAAAUUCGGCAUCCUGUACAUGAAGAGCGGACAGACUUCGGAUGACGAGAUAUUAAGUAAUGAGGCCGGGACCCGCCACUUUGAGCACUUCCUCGGCUUGCUGGGCCAAAGGAUCCGCCUGAGACACUGGGACAAGUACAGAGGAGGCCUGGACGUCAAGGGUGACAUGACAGGCAAACACUCCGUCUACACUAUCUACGAGGGCCACGAGAUAAUGUUCCACGUCUCCACCAUGUUACCUUUCUCUAAGGACAACAAACAGCAGGUGGAGCGCAAGAGACACAUAGGGAACGACAUCGUCAACAUCGUCUUCCUGGAGGGCAACACCGAGGACAUGGCCGCCUUCUCGCCCUCCUUCAUCAAGUCGCAGUUUACUCACGUGUUCGCACUGGUCUCCUACCUACAAGAGGAGGACGCCUACCGCCUGCACGUGUACUCCGAAGAGACCGUGCCCCUCUUCGGCCCCUCCCUGCCCUGCCCUCCCGUCUUCUACAACCACGAGGAGUUCAGGGAGUUCCUUCUGGUCAAACUGAUCAACGGAGAGAAGGCAACGUUCAACACACCAACGUUUGCGCAGAAGAGGGAGCGAACGUUGGACAUGCUCAUCAAGGACUUGUUUCAGGAGCAUAUUAACGACAGUAGAGGGACGAUGCUGAACAGACGAGCCUUCAGUGACGUGCUACCCGACCCGCCCCGCUCCUCGCGUCGGAAGGAAGAGGCGAGACAGGUGGAGUUCGUGAGGUUCGGUCAAGCCCUGAAGCUGGAUACCAUAGUGAAGGGCGACGCUCCGACCUCUCUGGCCACGACGGGACUGUUCAAACGGACGUCCACCGAGGGUUCAAACGGCUCUCCCUCGUCCAACACAGCUCUCCACGCAAGGCAGCCGUGGGAGCCCCAGUGCUGCUAUCCCGACUUCCCCAGCGAGGUGGUGUGCGGGGACUCCUGGGGCGACAACAGACUCGUGCUGGCGUCCGUGGAGGGAGUUUUUCUUGUAGAGGGUGAGGGCGUGGCGCACCGGCCCAUCUUCGACAAGAGCGUGCAGGUGAAACAGCUGAGCGUGGUGGAGGCGCACGGAAUCUUGCUUCUGAGGGAACAGCGAGGGCGGGACGGGAAGAUGCAUGUGUUCCGGCUCUCAGACUUCGAGGGCGAGGACGAGCGAGUGAGGGGCAAGGUGGAUCUCAAGGAACAUCGCCUGGAGAAGACCAAGGGAUGUCACCUGUACGCCAUCUCCAGGCCGGGCGGGUCACACCUCAGAAUGGUGGUGGCGGCCGGCAGGAAGCUCCUCAUCCUGCAGUGGCGGCACUCGGCGGCCUGGACAGCGUGGUGCCCCGCCUCCGACACCGACACUGUGGAGGGCUUCCUCUUCCUCAGGGAGGUGUCGGUAGCUGAGCCGCCCUCCAUCAUCACCCUCGUGGACUCGCCGCUCGUCUCCUCCGCCGGCGGCCUCACCGACAACAAAAUCUGCAUAGGGUACAAACACCAGUGGGACUUAGUGAGCGAGAGGUCGGGCGAGGUCACCAAGCUGCACCACGUAGACGCGUCCAAAGUCAACCUGGUGGCGGCGCUGGACAUCUACGAGGACGACGAGGCGGAACUCUUGCUCUGCUACAAUAACACUUGCCACUUCCAGAAGCUGUCCGAGGAAUGCUCCAAUGAGUUCGAUUUCCACUGGAACUCGGUACCCGAAGCCAUUGUGUGUGCCUUCCCCUACAUACUUGCCUUUACCCAGGACAGCAUUGAGAUCAGACUUAUCAUCAACGGUAACCUCGUGCAGACCAUGGUGAUGCCGCGACUCGCCUUCAUCACGUCUAAGAGCGACAUCUUCUUCGCCACCACCGCCCCCGAAUCCUUCACCAUGAAACGCGAGAGGGUUAAGGUGGACCGUCUCGAGAGGGACCCCAGCCUCUCCCCGCCCCCCUCCCCCCACGGCAAGGAGCACACAGUACUGGACAGGGACGCCGUCAAGCCGUUCAGAAUCUAUCGCAUUCCCUUCCGCUGCCUGACGGGGACAACCACGUGCGAGAGGAGGUGUCCCACGCCCUCUACGCCCCUUCACCCCCCUGUCCUAGGCGCUGGGGAGGAAGGGGAGGUCGGGGAAGGGGCUGGGGAGGGCGGUGGAGGGCGAGCUGGUAUGCAUCUUCGUGUAGCGGACCAGCGAUACACGAGUCGAUCCUGUACCGCUUCCCCCACCCAUCACCCCUCCCCUCCCACCCCAUUCCCCGGCUGCCCCCCGUCCCCCAGCUCCUCCCCGGGGUUAAGUGGGCCCCCCAACACCUCCGGGUCACCCACGCACCACCUCCAUCACCUCCACGGACCCCAGAAGCCGAGGGAUAGAACGAAUUCGCUAACAGUGGACUCCGCCGGUAGCUUGCUCCACCAUCACCACCACCACCAUCACCACCUCGGCCGACCCCACCUCUUCCACUCGCAUUCCCACUCCCACCAGCACCACUCGCCUCCACAUCACCACCACCACCAUCCACACCCGCCCGUCAAGUGAGGAUCGUAAAAGGUGGUGGUGGUGGUGGUGAAGGUGGUGGUGGAGUUGAUUGAGUUGGUGUUUGUUUGUUUGUCUGUUUGUUUGUUUAAUGAUGAUGAUGAUGAGUGUGAUGUUUUGAAAGAAUGUGGGAUGUGAUGUUGAUUUUUUUUUUCAAGGAAUCUAUGUUGUUUUUCUUUUCCUUUUUCUCCUCCUUUUCUUUCUCCUUUUCCUUUUCUUCUUUCAUUCUACUCCAUUUUCUUUCUUGUUUUCAUAUUAAAUUUUUCCCUCCUUUUCCCUUUUUCCUUCUUUAUUCUUCAUAUUCAUUUUUCCCUUCCUUGUUUUCAUCCUUUUCCUCUUUAUUUUCCUUUUUUCCUUCCUUUAUUUCUUUUACUCAUCUUUAUCUUCCUUGUUCCCAUCUCUUUCCUCCUCAUUUUCCUUUUCUUCCUCCUUCAUUCAUCUUUUUCUUCCUUGUUUCCAUUUCUCUCCUCCUCAUUUUCCUUUUUUUCCUUCGUCAUUCAAUCUCAUUCAUUUUUCCUUCCCAUUCCUCUCACUCAUCUUCGCUCAUCUUCAUUCACUAUCGCGUUGCCUUUAUCACUAUCAUAAUAAUAUCACUCCCACAAAAACUCACCUUCGCCUUAUUCUCUUUCCUCACCUUCCCUUCCUCCCUCAUUCUCUCACUCACUUUCAAUUUCACUUUCCCUUUCAUUCACCUUAGCUCACUUUCGCCUCAAUCGCCUUUUCGAGCAUAUCACUGUCGUUAGAAGGCUCAUCAUCACCGUAGAUACUUUCUUCCGAUCACUUUCACUCUCAGAUCACUUUCA